UCCUCAAACCCUAGAGCCAACAUAUUCCUCCGCGUCACUCAUCACCACUCCCUCCGUAGCGCCCAUCAGAGAUCGCCGAAAAUGGUGUUCAAGAGGUACGUGGAGAUCGGAAGGGUCGCUCUGAUCAACUAUGGCAAGGAAUACGGAAAGCUCGUCGUCAUCGUCGACGUCAUCGACCAGAAUAGGGCUCUUGUUGAUGCCCCCGACAUGGUGAGGAGUCAAAUGAAUUUCAAGAGGCUCACUCUCACAGAUAUCAAGAUUGAUAUCAAAAGAAUUCCAAAGAAGAAGGCUUUGGUUGCUGCUUUGGAGGCUGCCGAUGUCAAGACUAAAUGGGAGAAUAGUUCUUGGGGUAGAAAGCUGAUUGUUCAGAAGAGAAGGGCCUCACUCAAUGAUUUUGACAGGUUCAAGCUUAUGCUGGCAAAGAUUAAGAAAGCUGGAGUAGUAAGGCAGGAGCUUGCAAAGCUAAAAAGGCAGAGUGCUGCUUGAGGAAAAUCUUCACAUCAUAAUUGCAAUUUUUGUUUUAGUGCCUAUUUCGGAAGGUGUAUUGAUGUACUCUCAGUUUAGUUUUAAUAGUGGAAGGAGAGAAACAUGCUUUCUUUUUGACCAUUUUUGGAUGGAAUUGAAGAUUAAAUGGUCUUGGAGUUCUUGAGUUUUAUUUAUGAAGUUUAACCUUGCUUCUGGGAUCAAUUUUUGUGCUACUACUCGUUUUGGUAUUCCAACUAGAUCUGCAUGCCAUUGGUUGCCGUACGUGUAAUGCCAAAUUAGCAUGGUAUGUGUGGCAUUUUUACUGAAUGAUGUUGAUUGUAAAAAUAUUCGUGCAGUUGCACCGACUGAUUAUUGUGCAUGUUUAUGUCAA